UAUUGCAUCACGUUCGACCCCUUCGUCACCGACCUCGAUGACAUCCUUGCGCUCUUCUCCGCGAGAGUGUAGGCAGGUGCAGGUCUGAAAAUCGUCGAUCAUCGUUGGUCAUCGGUUUUUAUCGCCGCACGAGAAUAUAUAAAGGAGGUACACGUGCCCGAGUCCGAGUCUGGGUCUCUAUCAGUGGUGCAUACGGUCGUUGCAGUUGAGCUCGGGCUUCGCUUUUCGUAUGAUCACUGUCAAAUUGCUGGUGUACUGCCAUCGAAAAUUCUAGCGACGCAGUGUCGUAAAACCCGAGCGAUUAAUCGCGUACGUGCUUAAGGACCUCGCACACGUUACAUCGGCGGCAGAGAGGAAGGAGGAGAUACGCGCAGCACCUGCAAUCUCUCCUCAGUUCGCUCUUUUCAUUUUGGCUGAGUCAAGGUACGCCGUCGUUACAAAAUUUAUCGUGACAGUUGCACGAGCUCCUCGUGUCCUUCGUUACCACGUCAACGCUUAGCUCCGUGUCCCCUUAACAUAUCUGGUAAAGAGAAAUACAAAACGUCAUUGCAAUGGAAUUUCCAAAUUUGGGAGAACAUUGUUCUGAGAAUACAUGCAACCGUUUGGAUUUUUUACCUCUGAAGUGCGACGCUUGUCAGGGAAUCUUUUGUACGGAUCAUAUAACUUACAUGAGUCAUAAUUGUCCCAGCGAGUACAAGAAGAACAUACAGGUGCCUGUGUGCCCAUUGUGUGACACUCCUAUACCGAUAAAACGUGGCGAACUACCAGAUGUGGCUGUGGGAUUGCACAUGGAUAACGACUGCAGAGAGAGUCAUGGAAGGAAGGUGUUCUCCAACAAGUGUUCUUCAAAGGGAUGCAAAGUCAAGGAGCUGGUGCCAGUGAAGUGCAGCGAGUGCGGCGCCAACUUUUGUCUGAAGCACAGACAUCCCACUGAUCACGCCUGCAUCGGAGCCGAAGAGGCGUUGAGAUUGCGCAGAUUGGAGGCACUAAACAAGAAGAAAAAUCAAGUGACAAUAUCGCAGAAUAGCAGCAACAGUAAUCCUCAUUCGUUCCGAAGCCUCCAAGGAACGAUGACAGAGGACGAGGCGUUAGCUAGAGCUCUACAGGCUUCCUUAGACGACGAGGAGAGAAGCAGGCGUAUGCUGCAACCAGUGCCUUCUGGAAACCGAGAUAGAUGUAGACUUUCGUAACUAUCUACACGUUAUUUUGUAUCGUUAUAGAGAAAAAAAGCUUCCUUGUUUCCUAAAAUCUAAAUCAGAUUGAAAAAUUUGUAUUGUCAUCCUUUGAAACUAACUGGGCUCUGCGCAAUUUGUGAUUUGAGACUCAUAAUUUGUGAUUCAUAGUAUGAAUGAGCAAAUUUAUUAAGUUUGCAUUUGUUCGAUUCAUGGAGUGAUUUUUUUAAAUGAAAGUAAAGGUUGCAAGUCAUCACGAAUCAGUUGAUAUAGAGUUCGUAUACAGAGUUAUAUAAUGAAUCGUGAAUUGUGAAUCAUGAAUCGCAUAUAGUCUGGCGCUAGCUUGAAAGCACAUACUUGGCAAUACCUACAACAGAAUUUAAGUAUCAUAUUUGUUCUAUUCAUUUUUUAUCUGUUAUAUAUUAUUAUAGAUAUGACUGCCGUUAUAUCUAUAACUUGCUGUUAUGUUACAUGCAUAGAAAUUAAAACGCGUUUAAUAUAUUAAAAUUGCUCACGUAAGCGUACUAUCAUAGCAUCUUGUGGGAUUUCCAAGCAAAAAAUUGUAUAUCAAAGCAUUUGUCUUAAAAAAAAGUUAUUCAUUAUUAGGUAAGAUUUUAUGUUAAGUUGCAAGUACAAAUUGUUCAUAACUCGAACUAUUCCUUCAUGUAUCAUAAAUGUGAAUUGUCUCAUAUAUUCCAUUUAGAUUUAGAAAUUUUGGCUUACAGCCAGGAAAUAUAUUCUGCCAAAAAUAAAACAAUUCUGAUAAUAUUAUAUAAUUAAUUCUGAUAAUAUAUUAUAACAAAGCUUCAGAGUACUAUAGAGUGCCUUAGUAGACGAAGCAUAAUAUACAUUAAAAUAUGCACUUACAUAAAAUCUCUUCAAUUUAAAAAAAAAAAUAAAUUAUUUUAAUUCAUGCUUAUAAAUAUUUGUUAUCGACUUGCUGUAGAAGCGCUACUUUUAAACAGUGACUACACAUAAAUUUUCAUAUGAUACAAAAAUACAUUCUUGUAUGUUUAAUAUUGUUUUCAACAGAAUAUUAAAUCGUGAAAUAUCGCAUAUACAAAGAAAUUAUCAUUAGGUAUUUCUUCUCAUACAAUAGGAUUUUAACAAAUAAUAUGUAAAAUAAGUAUUGAGUUUUUUGGUGCAAUAUGAAAAACUAUAAUGGCAGGGAGAAAUCGUGUAUAUUGUAUGAUAUUUAGGCGUGUUCAUAUUAUACCUUAAGCAAAGUCUCAGAAAUCACGUUUGAACAUAUCACAGUCAUGUCUCACUAGCUUCUUAUAAAAAUAUUCUUCAGAGUAUCACAAAAAAUACCAAACAUAGAAACUUUAUACUCAAGAUACUGCAUUGACAAAACUGAUAUUCAUACAUUCUGUGAUAACUAUCAUAUUUUUAUAAAUAUAUAUAAUUUUACAAUA